AUGUUCUUUAGUGCCACCAACACUGUCUAUUGUCCUCUAAACUCAGGAACUGCCUCGCUGCUUUCAGCAGACGGCACCAGAAUAAUUAAGGAAAAAAAUGGCAUAAAUGCAAGAUGGACAGAGCACUUCAACCAACUCCUCAACCGACUAUGCACAGUUGAUCAAACUUCAGUGCAUUAUAUUCUUCAGAGACCGGUCUGUGAAGAUCUCGACUUACCCACAAGCGAGGAAGAAGUUAUAAAAGCCAUCAAGCAGACUGCUUGUGGUAGAGCACUUGACAAGGAUGGAAUUCCUGCAAAGCUGUACAAGUCACUUGGCACAGUGUCAUUUGAGGCCUUCCAUGAUGUUCUGACCAGUAUCUGGGAAGAGGAGGAAUUGCCAACUGACUUAGGAGAUGCCACCAGCGUUGCACUAUAUAAAGGCAAAGGUGCAAAUGCCUACUGCAGCAACUACAGAGGAAUCUCGCUACAUUCCAUCGCUGGAAAAUUUAUCGCUCGCAUCUCUUAA